AUGGUCUUCGCCGUCUGCAUGAUGGUCCUCAAACGACGAAACAAGACUCCCCAGCGAACGUUCCACUUCACAUCGAUGAUAUCCCUAUUCGUACUGGCGACACUUGGCCUUGUAAUCAACACCACUCUGGCCGUCACGCAAGCUGCGAGUUACUUCUAUCUAUGGGCUGGCAAGGACAGCGUGCAGCCUAUGCUGAGGGUGGUUCAUAUGGUCCCGGGCUUCAUGAUUGCGUCGACCAUUUUGACGAUGAUGGCCAAUAUCCUGGCAGAUGUUGUCUUGGUCUUCCGGUGCUAUGCACUAUGGGACUUCCGGAAGAGUGUGAUAAUCGUUCCAACCAGUGCUUGCAUUCUCUCUAACGGUAUAGUCUCAAUGGCCAUAACGAUUUCUUCACACUUGAUCCCGGGCUCCUCGCUUGCUAAAUGGGGCGACCAAGCAGCACGUCUCGAGGAUGUAUACUACAUCCUGAAUGCGUUGAUUAAUAUUGUGUUGACAUCGAUGGUCGCCAGGAGAAUAUGGUUGUCGGGGGCUUAUUCCCGACAUUAUUCUACUACCGGAGAAGCACUGAAGAAACGAUACGCUUCAAUCUCUACAAUUAUCUUACAAUCGGCACUAAUUUAUCCGCUGAUCCUAGUCAUUUCCGUCCCUUUCACUCUUUUCCCUGCGUUAGCGGGGUGGGAUGUAUAUCCUCUGUUGAUCCAGGUCGCGGGAAUCUGUCCUACUUUGAUGAUCGUUCGAGUUGGGCUUGGAGUUGGUGUCAUGGCUGGGAACUCCAGUGGGAGUUUUACUUUGAACGUUAGUGGGGUUGACGAGUAG